AUGUUAUUGCGAUCAUUGCGAGUAUCGCGAUCGUGCAAUAAUGGUUUUGGACAGGAUCGCUACUGCUAUAUAACGGCUGCUAUUCCGAUUAGUUUCUAUCUGCUGAAUGCUGAUAGUGAUUUAGAAUAUGAAUUGGAACCUUGCCCUCCUAUUGGCGGUGAAACUUCAGCAGAGGCUGCAGCAUGUGUGAAGGUUUUGAUUGCUUCUGGUUUAUCAAGUGACUCAAGUCUCACAAACAGCUCAAUGGUAGAGGCCCCAUUAACAAUAAAUAUACCUAAUUUGCAGUCGUCUAGAAUAUCUUCAGAAAACUCGCAGCCCACAUGCUCCAUUCAAGGGAUGAAUAUUACGGUUCCAGUUUCUGUUCAGAAACAGAUUCUGCCUGCAGUGGCAACGGCUGAAACAUUGGAAGGAAACGAAUCAGCAGGUGCAAACCUACCUGCUCGAAGGAAAAGAAAACCUUGGUCGGAAGCAGAAGAUAUGGAACUUAUUUCUGCUGUGCAGAAGAUAUGGAACUUAUUUCUGCUGUGCAGAAAUGUGGUGUUGGAAAUUGGGCAAACAUCUUGCGAGGAGACUUCAAAGGAGAGAGGACUGCUUCACAAUUGGCUCAGGGUUAGACCAAUUAAACUUUUUCGAUAUGGCAUUGAAGGGUUUUUGGAUUGGAAAUGGACUAUUAUUAAGAAGCGAGUUGGUAACCUAAAUGUGGAAGGAAACUCCAUUGUUCCCCAACUUUCCGAGGCACAGUUAGCAACGCGUAGUGCUUUGUCCUUGGCCCUUGAUAUGCCUGAUAAAAACUUAACAGCAGCUUGUACAAAUAACCCUGGUUUGAAGAUCACAUCCAGUACCUCUGCACUUCCAACAACUGGUGUUGAAGCUUCGGUUCAACUGCAAAGCCAGUUCCAACAAGGUCCCAUUGCUUCUUCCCAAUCUCAGAAUCAUUCUCAACAAGGUUCAAUCACUUCUGUCUUGUCCCAUAAUCAACCUCAAAAAGCUCCAGUUAUUCCCAUCCCGUCCCAUAAUGAGCAUAAAAAAGGUCUAGUUGCAUCUUGUGUCCCUGCCAAGAAUCUGUCUCAGCAAGUUCAUGUAGCUUCAGUCCAAGUCCCAAACCCGUCUCAACAAGGUCCCAUGAUAAUGAAAUCCUCACCCUUAGGAUCAUCAGGUUCUACAUUAAAAUCUCAGGCAUGCUUGAAGAACCCACCAACAUAUUUUUCCGGUAGAGGUUCAAUCCUAGAUGCCACUGCUGUUGCUGCUGGAGCCCGUAUUGGUGGCUCUUCGGUUAAACCUGUCAUACCCAGUGGCCCCUCUUCUCAUUUGGAGGUGCAAUCUUCGACCUCACAUCCUGGUUCACCAAAAUCUGCAGCUCAAAGAGCUAAGUAUACUACUACCUCGUCGUUAAAUUUGCUAAUUCAGCAGUGUAAUGGCAUCGCUUCUAGUCCAACUGUUGAAGGUUCCUCAAAGGAAGAAUCGGAAGCAGCUGUUUGUACCAUGAGUUCUGCGUCGGACAGUUUGCUUGUCGAGCAUGUGCGAGAAAAUGGAGCACACGUUUUGAAAAAUAAACCAGGUGAGGGAGUUAAAGAACAAAAGGAAGCUGUAUAA